GGGACCUCGAGUACGUACAUUACGGAUAUAUUGAUAAACUCGACUUGCUUAUCGUGAUAACCAAUUGCUAUCGUAAUAACCAAUUAAACCCCCACAAACCUGCCAAAGCAAUUCUACACGCGUCGGUCCCGUUUCCACUUCCACGUCCCACGACACUUAUCCUAAGGAACCAAAGCGCUCUCUCCGCCAGGCCAAGCCAUGGAAUUUCCUGGCUAUCGUCAUAAGACACUCGAUUUUCGGUGAACCGUACUUUGGCACCGGCCAAGAUGGAGGAGUAUACGCGGCCUCAUUUCUUUUUUCACGGCGACGCGGGCGACGAAAAACUAGAAAACGAGAAGCGUCGUUGCCAUUUCUGCCAGAUCCGUUCGUUCGCGACUCACACUAAAUUCCCCAUCACCAUCAUCAAUACCGAGGACGAUGCCGUGCUCGACCCCGAUUUCCGGUUCAUGGACAGCUCGGUCCUCGGAAAAGGUGUAGAACCGACUAAGAGAGAGUUCCUCACCGGUUGCGAGUGCGUCGAUUCGGAAGACUGCCAAUACAAUACGUGCAAUUGCCUUCAAGAUGUCGACGACGAUAGUUCCGACGACGACGGCCUCUACGAUACCUACGGCGCGAAACCUCACAAGAAAGUAUACGCAUAUCAUAGCCACGGCGCUAGGGCGGGCCGACUACGAUCCAAAAUCCUCGCGUCGCGCGAUCCCAUCUACGAAUGCCACGAGAGCUGCGCCUGCGGUCCGUACUGCCCAAACCGAGUGGUAGAAAGAGGUCGCCGGAUCCCCUUGCAGAUCUUUCGGACCAAGAACCGCGGCUGGGGCGUGCGGAGCACCGUAGACAUCAAGAGAGGCCAGUUCGUCGACAAGUAUAUGGGCGAGAUCAUCACCGCCGAAGAGGCUAACCGCCGCCGAGCCGAGUCGCAUAUUGCGCAGCGAAAGGACGUGUACCUCUUCGCCCUCGAUAAGUUCUCCGACCCGGAAUCUUACGACGAGCGCCUGCGCGGGCCGCCCUUGGAGGUAGACGGCGAAUUCAUGUCGGGCCCGACCAGAUUUGUCAAUCACUCUUGCGAGCCGAACAUGCGCAUAUUCGCUCGAGUAGGGGACCACGCGGACAAGCAUCUGCACGACCUGGCAUUAUUCGCGCUUAGGGACAUACCGAGGGGCGAAGAGCUAACGUUUGACUACGUGGACGGGGUGGACGAUUCGGAAAAUGACGCGUUAGAUCCGGAGAAGCGGAAGGAUAUGACACGAUGCUUGUGCGGGAGUAAGGCUUGCAGGGGGUACCUCUGGUGAGGGCUACUCUGGUGACGAGGGCUACUGGUGAUAGUAUGACGAGGGUUAGUAUCUGGUGAUAGGUAUGACGAGGGCAGCAUGUGCCGGCAUCGUACGUAGCCAGCCUCGUACUUGGGAUAAGUUGUUCGACUUUCUGCCGUUUGGUGUAGCACCCGUACUGGCUCGGGUUAUUUCAGUACAAUGACGAACAUUGCCACGUGGCUACACAUCACAAGAAUACAGAAUCUAAUGCAUGUGCCACUAUCGCUUGAAUCCGCCCAGAACUAACUGGCGCAAUCUAACAAUUAUGUUGGUAGGUGCACCACCUUUUGACGUUAUUCUGCCGCCGUAAUAGCGAAUGCGGAUUUGAUGGAUAUGAAUUCCAUGUGACAGCGACAUGGUCAAUAUUAAGGUUAGCGGGGAAAGCUUGGCAGCAUCCCUUGGCUUGAUUCGCCUUAGCUCAUGUAUCAGUCCACUUAUUUCUCCAUACUUUUGAGCCUCCUCUAACCUUAAACAAUUCUGGCAUCAUACGAAGACUAGCGCCCGCCGACGAUCGAGACCC